CUUCAGUCGUACCACGUCUGCUACAGUGCUAGUCACCACCAACGGCCCUACCACAGUAUCUGCGGCUCCUGAAGAGUCGUGAUGUCUGAACUCCGUAACAUUUAUAGAUCACUAGGAGGGCUCGACGAGGAUGUCUGCCACUACGUCCUACGUGAGCUGUCUGAGAAGGACUUGUGGUCGCUCCUGCAGACAUGUCGUUGGCUCCGGGAGGCUUGCAUACCCCUUCUGUUCCGAGACUGCACGCUCAAUGUCUAUGGGCCCUGGAAAGUUACUCAACCCGCGAGGUUUCUACCCAUGGCGUUUAGGCCUUACGUCCAGACGCUGGAUCUUCGUGAUGCAUGUCCGGAUCAGCGAAUGGAGGAUGAACUGCAAAACCCGCCACUCUACUUCACGAACAAGCGCAAGCUUUGUGGUACUUUGCCUGGUGCUCCGCUCGCAAAUCGACUACGGGAAUUACCUCGUCUACGAUACCUUACGCACGGCCUGCCAUGGGACACUCUACGUGCGAUCUUACCAGUGCCGCAUCUGCGCGAAUUCAACAUCAAGAAUAUGUACCUCUGUCCAGAGUUGCGCUCGGGAGAACGACUCAGCGUCGAAUCACUGUCUCCGAUCACGUCGUUCCGCUACCAAAUGUGGCACCCGCGGGAGCCGUUCGCAACCCCCUCCGAGACGGCUGCGCUGUCGACAGUACUGGGCGUAUUGUGCGAGACUCUCGAGACUUUGGACCUCGCCAGCGAACCUGCCCCUCUAUCUGCUCUAUCCCAGCUCCGUUGGCCCCGCCUUCGCAAGCUGGUCUAUCGCGGAACGCCGUGGCAUACAUUAGCCGCACCACUCAUAUCACUUCACCCUGGGAUGCAGGAUCUGCAGACCUUCUCCCUGAAACUCGACGUCACACCGGGAACCAUUCCGCAGGUGCUCUGGCCUGCUGGUUACGAGGGCUCCUUCCCAUGGCCGGAGCUUGAGUGUUUGGUCGUCUCAUUCCCCGAUCCUCGGGAUGAGGUAUAUGACCACCUCCCAUCGUCCCUGCGUGCGCUGUCGUUGCGUUGCUGGCCCCAUCUCCAUGUUCAGAAACAGCCAUCCGACAUCGACCCCGCACAUGACCGCCCCGAUCACAGAGCGCUAUUGAGUUCCUCCGCAAUUCUCUCCAUUCUACGUCGAUGCAGCUCGUUGGACCUUGAUCACCUCGAGAUUGAGUACCGCGCAGAUGACAAAGAUGACGCACUUCUCCGGCACAUAGUACAGGCGUUCCCUCAUCUCACGUCUUUGAAGAUUCACCGCUACCGAUCCGCGCCCGAAAUACAGGAAGGGCGAGACGUGUCUGUAGUAAGCUAUCAUUCCUACGUGAUGGUCUAUCAUUUCUCACUUUCUUUCUCCAGGCUCACCUUGCUCAAAUGCUCGUCCCUCUUACUCACCUUCGUCGUCUCAAAACAUACCUGGAUCUGGUAG